AUGGCGUUUGAUCUUCGUCAAAAGGUAUUCCGUGUGCCUGGCACCGUUGCGGUGUCUGUUGGUCUUCGCUGGGACUUUAUUGGCGCCGAUCCGAUUGAUCUCGAUCUCAGUGCUGUGUGUUUCACCGCGGAGGGGAUGUUGCUCGACACCGUCUUCUUCAAUCAUCCCUUUCCACAGGGCACAGACGAACAGGCGCUGCGCAGCUCCGGUCUUCUCGUGGACCCGCAGCAGCUGCCGUACAUGUUUGUGAGCGGCGACAGUCGAAUAGGCGGCGAGGAGGAGAAUCAACUGCCCGGCAUCGCAUUAGCCGCACGGCGACGGGAAUAUCAAUUAAGAAACGGCCCCGGCGGGGAUCGCGGCAGUGGAAGUGGAAAUAGAAGAAACGGCGAUCUCAAGCGGCUCGGCAUUACAGAGGCCAUCUUUUCACGCUUGUAUGAAGAAGAGGAAUUGGAUGAGGUGGAGGAGGCAUUGGAUGAAAACCGCGGCGGGGGUUAUUUAUUUGAUGAGGAAGGACGACCCGUUCCUCGAAAACCACAACGGGAGUUCUGUGAUGAGUCGGUCACGUUUGUUAUGCAUAAAAUACCAAGUGAGGCGGAUGUUAUUUUUCUCGUCGUGACAAGUUACACCGGGGCAGACUUCACUACUUUACCAUCCGUAAAAUUGGUGGUAUUUAAUGAAACCGCAAAUGAACGUGUGGGAACAAUUGAUUUAAAACAUUCCACUGGUAAUGGAACCGCAAAUCUUGCAUGUAUGUUAUGUCGAUUACCACCGCCAAACAGCAGUGAUCGAAGUAUGGAAUACAUGGAACAGCAAUUAUGGGAUUUGCGGGAGUUAAAUAUUCGUACCUUUGGAUAUACAUUUGUGGAUGUCCUUCCACUUAUGAUGGAUGUACUCGGUGUGGAUCGUAACUCACGCGAUGAUGCCGUCAAGCGAUUACCAGACUAUUCUCUCUCCAAACCAGUUCCCAUGCAGAAAGAACAUUUACUCUCAGAUGUUCGGUUUGGUGUUGGUUGGUAUGGUGAACAUGACUUGGAUGCUUUCAUGGUUCUCUUGGAUGCAGACAAUUGCUGUGUGGAUUUACUGUACCCUAAACAAAAACGAUUGAACUCACUUGCCCCACACGCAGCACGACACUCAGGAGAUGCGAUUAACGGCUUUGGUACUGUAGGCGAUACAGAGUUUAUUGAUUUGGUUACCUAUCGUAUUCCUCCUGAGGUGCAGACCAUUCUCUUUGGGGCCAUUUAUGUGGAAAGUUUUGGAGAUGCUGCGAAACACACAAAGAGUAUCUACGAUGUACCAAAAUUAUAUAUGCGUUUGCAAAACCGUACAUUAGAGCGACCGAAUUCUUUUGAAAUUGAUCGGUGGAAUAUUCACUAUGAAGUGGAAGAGGAAAAGAAUGAAGCAUCUGCAAAGCAAAAUAAUAAUAAUAAUAAUAAUGGUGAGGGAAAUAAGAAGAAUAAAAAACAAGGAAAAGAGCAACGGACUCCACGUACAUUUGUAGGACCAGAUGGAAAAGUUUAUCCCAUACGUAUGGUAGUAUUAGGAUUAAUGGUGAAAUGUGAAGAGGUGCCAUUUUCUUUAGCAUACCCAGACGGUCGUCUUGAUCAACAGCAGUUUCUCCAACGAACACCAAAAUCUGAACGAAGAGGAGAAGAUGAUGAUGAUGAAUACGAAGACAUUGAAGAUGAAGAAAAAGAUGAGAAUGAGGAAUCGGCAGAGCAUAUGGUACCAAUAUUUGAAUACCGACCUUUGCAUGAGUAUGCACCUGCUAACAGUGCGGAUGGAUUUUCUUCCGUGAUGCCGUACUUGUAUUGUAUUGCCCAGUACCGUGGUGGAUAUAGAAUUGGGAAUAGUAACAAUAAUAAUAAUAAUAUGAAUAAUAGACUAGACCGUAUUGCCGAUCCACAUCGUGUACUUAACACUGAACAUAAUCUUGUAGAUUGGCGACAUUCAGCCUUUUCAGCUAUUCCCCCAUCACUUUGGAAGGAAAUGAAGGAAUCAUGUGAAAUGCUUAUGCACUACGCCGUUAAAGUUCGUUUUCUUGAAGUUCGUCAUUUACAACCAACACUUCCCCAUCGAUUUAAAUGCCAUGGAGAGGCGUGGGUUUGUAAUGGACUUCCCUCCACACAAAGACCACUCACUGUAUUUGAUACCCAACCAUUUCGCACACCUUAUCUUAUUCAUCGUGAAAGUACACAAUGGGAUGAAAAAAGUUCCGCCGCGGUGGGUCUUUUCCUUGUACGUCGAUUCGAUCGUAUUCGUGUGGUUAUUUACGAAUAUGCCUCUUUUGGCUGUGUGGAUAUUGACCUAAUGCAGUUAGAGGAACUCUGGAAAACCGCAGAUGUCUACACCGUGGAAAAUGGAAAUACAAACACAAACUCCAACGCCUCCAUCACAGCGGCGGAGGGAAAAAGAGCCUUCAACGCGGUGGAAAAGUGGUUUCCCCUCACCACAACUCCACCCUCACCGGCGGAAGUUCGACUUCGACUCUUUCGCGUCCCAACAAAAUCGGCAUUGACCGCAAAAGAGAAGGAAGUGGCCGCAAAGAAUAAAGGGAAAAGACGGUAUACACGGCAGGCAGUGGAACGAAAAGAGGAACAGACAAGAAAGGGAUACAAUAAUCCAUGCAGUAUUAUGUAA